AUGUCCCUCCCAGUGCCCCUCCUGAUUAAUGGCGAAUCCAUCACAACCCCCAAAACCUUCCCCAUAAUCAGUCCCUACACCAACACCGAAAUCUGGUCCUCCUCCUCCGCAAGCCCAGAAGAUGCCCUCCGCGCCGUCGAAGCAGCCAACGCCGCCUUCCCCUCCUGGUCCACCACCAAACCCACCCUCCGCCGCGACAUCCUCCUAAAAGCAGCCAACAACCUCGAAGCCUCCCUCGACGAAAAUGCCAGCUACAUGCGACAAGAAAUGGGCGCCGACGUAGGCGCAAGCGCAGGCUUCGUAGUGCCCCUCGCCAUCCGCAUGCUCCGCGACAUCGCCAGCCGCAUCACCUCCAUCUGCGGCAGUGUCCCUGUCGUCGAAGCAGAGGGCCAGUCCGCCAUUAUCUAUAAAGAAGCCAUGGGCGUGAUUCUGGGCAUCGUGCCCUGGAACGCGCCUUAUGUCUUUGGGAUUCGUUCGGCGGCUUGUGCGCUCGCGGCGGGCAAUACUACUAUUUUGAAGUCGUCGGAGCUUACGCCGAGAUGCUAUUGGGCUAUUGGGAAGGCGUUCCAGGAUGCGGGGUUGCCGGAUGGGUGUUUGAAUGUUAUUCAUUGUGCUGCGGAGGAUGCGCCUGGGGUUGUUAAUGCGAUGAUUGAGCAUGAGGCUGUUAGGAAGGUGAAUUUUACGGGGACUUGGGGGAAGAAUAGUUCGAUUGUUUGUCAGGAUGCGGAUUUGGGGGUUGCGGUGCAGGGUGUUUUGGCUGGUGCUUUCUUGAAUUCUGGUCAGAUUUGUAUGGCGACCGAUCGCAUUCUGGUGCAUAGUUCGAUCGUGGGUGCUUUUACGGCUGCGCUACAGGGUGCACUGUCUGGCGCGGCCGCUGCCGCUGCGGACCCGCCUACGCUUGUGAACGUUGCUUCCAAGGCUCGUGUCGAGGCCCUGGUCGCUGGCGCGGUGAGCGCCGGUGCUCACUUCAUCUCCGGGUCUGGAAAGGGUGCCGCGGGUGAGGGUGUGCGCUUGGCGCCCACUGUGCUGGGGGGAGUGAAGGAGGAUAUGGCGGUGUGGCAGGAGGAGUCGUUUGCGUCGGUUGCGGCGAUCAUGCCGUUUGACAGUGAAGAGGAGGCGAUUCGGCUGGCGAAUGGCAGUGGAUACGGACUCUCGGCGUCGGUCUUCACGGAGGAUCUGAGGAAGGGAUUGCGGAUGGCGAAGCGCAUUCAGUCUGGGGCUGUCCACAUUAACAGUAUGACGAUCCAUGACGAGCCUGCUCUGCCUCAUGGUGGAGUGAAGAACAGUGGCUGGGGUCGGUUCAACACCGAGGAGGGAUUGAACGAGUUCCUGGUGAGCAAGAGCGUGACUUGGAUGGACUAG